AUGCAAAGUCCAUUGCGGUGGGUGAAGAGAGUCGAGUGGCUGUUCGCAUUCGCGGCCACAGAUGGAAUAACGAGUUUGAAGUUGAUUGGAAUGGGUAUGCCGAAGGAUAAAUUGUCGAGUAUGGCGGUGUUUUUGACACCUUUACAGGUGUUGCUGCCGUGGAUGAUAGGUAAAUACACUGCUGGUCCUCGUCCACUCAACGUUUUCUUAUUGGCCUAUCCGUACAGGAUAUUCAUGGGUGGUGUUUUUGCCGCAUUAUUGUGGUGGACGCCAUCGUUCCGAUUGUCUGACGGCGAUUUUCCAGUCACUUUAUAUGCUAUUUGGGUGAUUGCCUAUUGCUUUCAUCAGGUGGCAUCGUAUUGUAUGUUCGUAUCGAUGAUGGCGUUC